AUGCAGGAGGCCUUGAACAGAGCCUCAAAUAACCUUGGUUCUUCGUCCAAUCGUAACCCGUGCAGCUUGAAGAGCAUUUUCUCCACGUGGAUGCCCACUGAGCCGUCGCGGAGCCAAAAGACACGGUGCUGUGUGCAGUCGGUGUACUUCGAAGCAGGCAUUGAGGUCCGUGCGCGCCGGGACGAGGAUGUAAUGGUCGCUAUUGACGCCAUUGUGGGUGUGGAUAAUGGCAUAACCGCGAGUGUAAACGAGGAUGCUGCAAGCUGGUAA